AUAUAAGAAGAAUGUUUAUUGAUAUUUAUCGUUUAUUUGUUUUGCUUUUUGGUUAAAAUAAGUUUUUCUAAUAAUAAAUGUUAUAAGACAUAAUAAAAAUGGAUAUAAAAACUAUUAAAGUAGAAAUAGAUACCAAAAAUGAUUUUUUUCCUAAUAUAAAUAUUAUACAAAAAUUAAGUGGUGAAUUGGAUAAAGUACAAAUGCAAAAUAUACCUAUUAAAGUAGAAAUAAGGGAUGACUUCGAGAUCGUUAAAAAAGUCCCCGUAACGAAUAUCCAAAAUAUAAAUAAUAUACAUUAUAUUAAACAAGAAAUAAAUGAGGACUUGAGUACAUUUCCUCCGAUAGAAGAAUGUAGGAUUCCAGUUAAAACAGAAAAAGGCAUUUUUGAUGUUAAAGUCGACGUUAGAAACGAAUCAGAUUAUUUAAAAUUGAAGCAUGAGCGGAAUAAAUUAAAAAAAUUAUUUAAAAAAGGAAAAAGUACCUUUGGUGGUAUGAUGAUAUGUAGAUGUUGUGGAUGUUUAUAUACAAAAAAAAUAGAAUUUUUUUGGCAUAUUUUGUUGAAUCAUUGUCUGUAUGAGUUUAAGAAGAAUUUGAGCAAUAGAAAAAGGCAUUUUAUUGAGACUACAAUUUUUAAAAAAUUAAAAAAACCCAAGAUAAUUGUAAAGGAUGAAAUUAAUAUAAAAAAAUAUGAAUCAAAAGAAGAAUUACAAGAAAUCAGUGUGGAUAACAUUAAAAAAUUCACAUGUGAUAUUUGUUCAAAAUUAUUUUCACAGAAAAAGCAUUUAAACAGACAUUUACUAACCCACACAGGAAAAAGACCAUUCAAAUGUGAUAUAUGUUCGAAAACGUACAUCCAUAAACCAGAUUUAAACACACAUUUACGUAUCCACUCAGAAGAAAAGCCGUUCAAAUGUGAUCUAUGCUCAAAACAGUUUAUACGCAGAGGAGAUUUAAAUUCACAUUAUCGCAAUCACACAGGAGAAAAACCAUUCAAAUGUGACGUAUGUCUGAAAGCGUUUAAGCACAAAGGAGAUUUAAACAGACACGUACGUACUCAUACAAGAGAAAAACCGUUUAAAUGUGACAUUUGUUUGAAAUCAUACAUCCACAGGGGGAAUUUGAAGAUACAUUUACAAGGUCAUUCGGGAGAUAAACCGUUCAAAUGUGAUAUGUGCCCGAAAACGUUUACACUGAAAGAUUAUUUAAAGAAACAUUUUUAUUAUCACAUAGGAGAAAAACCAUACCAAUGUGAUUUAUGUCCAAAAUCAUUUUCGCAGAAAGAACAUUUGUGCAGGCACUUGUACUACCAUACGGGUGAAAAGCCAUUCAAAUGUCACAUUUGUAGGAAAUCGUUUUCACAAAAGGAGCAUCUAAAUGGGCACUUGCGUUGUCACACUGGUGAGAAGCCAUUUAAAUGUGAUAUUUGUUCCAAAUCGUAUACACAUAGAGGAGGUUUGAAUAGACAUUCCCGUAGUCACACCGGUGAAAAGCUUUUCAAAUGUGACAUUUGUUUGAAAUUGUUUAUACAGAAGGGAGAUUUGAACAGACAUUUUCGUAGUCACACAGGGGAAAAACCGUUCAAAUGUGAUGUUUGUUUGAAACGUUAUAUACAUAAGGGGGAUUUGAAUAGGCAUAUGCGUAGUCACACAGGGGGACAGUUCUUUAAAUGUGGCUUUUGUUCGAAAUUAUUUAUAAAUAAAGGAGAUUUAGACGGACAUACGAAUAGUCAUACUAUAGCAGAACAAAUAAUUGAUUGUAAACCUUAAAGAAGAUAAAAAUUGAUCAAAUACAACUGAAAAUUGUAUAAAACUGUCAAUAAUCUACAUGUUUUGGUCGUAUGAGGUAGAAAGUCGGUUUUUAUAGUGAAAUAUAUACUCAUCUUCAAGAAUCGAUGAAAACCUUAAUGGAUUUUGUCAGUAAAAAUGAUUGAAGAAGAAUUAAAUUUGACAACUGAAUUGGGAAUGAUAUAAAUCUGCAAAAAUCCAGGUUUUCAAGGCAAAGAAAAUUUGCCUUUAGCUUCACCGCUUCCCUAUUCACCUCACUUGAAUCCUUGUGAUUUCUUCCUCUUUUGGAAUUGAAAAAUACAUCUAGAUAUGGUUUAAGGAAGUGCUUCGAUGAUUAGAUAUAUAAUGUGAAUGUGGCUUUUUAAAUAAGUGUUUUGUAAAGAGGAGAACAAUGAACUGUAAUUUUAUUCGAAUAAAAACAUUGAAAAAA